AUGAGACACUUGGUCUACCCGCCAGAAUCACUCACUGAAGCCACUGACUUAGAGGAAGGAAACAGUGGAAGUGCAUUUGUUCAGAUUGAGGUUGCGCGGUCAUCCUGGCCUCUAGACAAACCCUAUGUGAUGUUUCUUCCCAAUACAACACUAAUGACACCAGCAGAUUCCAAACUGGGAAAGAACCGGACUGGAGUACGCAUGUUCAAAGAAGGGGACUUCCUCUCUCCAGCUGUGACAGAAAAGUGGGAUCGCAUCAGAAUAACCUGCAGCCAGCCUUUUAACAAGUAUGCACAGUUUGGUCUCUCAUUUAUUCAAAUCCGUACCCCUUUAGAUGGUGGCAGUGAAUGUGCUGCUUUGAACCCGAAUCAGCAGCACCACGCACAACAUCCUGCAGAAAAAUCAGAGCUUUCUUCCAGCCCUUGGCUUUGUAACCCAGCUAUCCAGAGAACCUUCUUCGCUGAGGCACAAGUGGAGAGUCCUUCAGAGCAGCAGCUAAAGAACAGACUACAUCAAAUGGAUCCAAAUUCUGCUUCACGUCUAGGGAACAAAGUCUGUCUGAGUCGCACUGCCAAGAUGGUAAUAUCUGCAGCACAAUCUAGAUGCAGUCGGAACAUUCCAUUACAGAGUGGUGAGAGCCCUUCUGUUAGUAAGAGGAUUUCUGGUGUGUCUGAAAAUGCAGAACAGCCGAGUAACCUGGAUAGGACUAACUGCAUAGUAGGUUCUGUUAAUGGACUCACAAUGGUAACACCUUCUCAAGGAUCCACAGUUGAGUCAAAAAGCAGGAAGAGAAGCUGGGGUAAUAAAUCGCUGACGAGAUCACCAGCUUCUGGAUCCAGAGGGGCAUCUUUGAAAAAAAAGAGACUGGACCUGUCUAAACCACAGAAUGAACCUUUGACACGUAAGCUGCAAGAGACUAACAAAGGUGAUGACCAGGCAAGCCGCUGCCCAAUCUGUGGAGUAUUAUUCACCAACAGUUAUCUUCCUCUUCAUGCUUCCCGAUGUGGCGAUGAUUAUGGUAGCAGGGAAGAUGUCUCCGAUGAUGAUGAGCCUAUCAUAGUUGAUGUGUGCAGCUCUUCCAGGGAGAGUUCACCAUUUGUUCCUUGCCCACUCUGUGGAUUUCAUUUCAGUGUCACAGAAAUUGAAAGACAUGCCAGUACUUGUGGGGAGGCAGGAGAAACUAUAGAUGCUAGUCCCUCUUGGACAUGGAUUGUUUUCCAAAUGUCUGACUCAUACUCAGACUCUGAUGUAGAAGAUGCUUCUGUGAAAGUUGAUGAUGUUGCAUUUAAAUGUAUUACCUGUAUGGAUGUAAAAAAAUGCAUUGCGUAUGUGAACAUGGUCAUUUAUGAGCUGCAACUGCAUGGUGAUAUAGAUAUAGAUUUAUUUAAUUACUUGACUGUUUCUUGCCCUGUCACUCCACAACUUUAUGGCAUCCCCAAAAUUCACAAGUCUAUGACUGAUCCACCUAUGAGACCUAUUGUCUCAGGUGCUGGUUGGGUGACUGAGCCCAUAUCCAUUUAUUUGCAUGGACAGCUCCAACCAUUCCUUAUUGAAUGUGAUUCUAUCUUACAGGACACUAUUGAUUUUCUGCAAAAGCUAAAGGUCUGGUAUAGUGUAGGAAAGGUAGACUUGGCCGUCAAGAGGUACUAUUUGGUUACAUUGGAUAUUGUAUCUUUGUUUACGGUCAUUCCGAUUGAUGCUGGUAUUGACUUACUAAGGGAAUUUUUGGCAUCAUGUCCCAAUCCAGAUUUUGGUAAAAUUGAAAAUAUAUGUAGUCUUAUGGAUGUCAUAUUGAAAAAUAAUGUUUUUCUUUUUGAUGAUUCUCUGUACCUUCAGCUUACGGGUGUGGCUAUGGGUACUUCCGUAGCCAAUACGUAUGCCAAUCUGGCAGCAAACUGGAGAGAAAUAGUAAACAAGAAGAUGAAGUUUCCUCCUUCUUUACAUUCAGCAAUCAGUGAAGGUAACUUGAACCAGGUGUGCCGGCUGGUACAGAGCAAUGAUGGAAUCCUCAGGCAGCUGGAUGACAGUGAGGACAGGUCAUGGAGAGAGGCUCUCAAUCUCGCAAUCCGUCUUGGUUAUACAGAUAUCACAAAAACGUUGGUUCGUUGUGUAAAGUUUGAUUUUCGUCAGAUUCACGAAGCUCUCCUUGUUGCUGUAGACACAAACCAGCCUCAAGUUGUCAAGCUUUUGCUGGAUCGUCUAGAUCAAGAAAAAGGAUUCAAGGUGGACAUCAAAUCAUUUUCAUUGGCCAUAUUUGAUAACUCCAUUGACAACUCUAGUUUUGCCCCUGGAGUGACACCUCUCACUUUAGCCUGUGAGAAGGAUCUAUAUGAGAUAGUGGACAUGUUGAUUAAAAAGGGCCACUCCAUUCCCACUCCACACAAAAUCUCCUGUAGUUGCUUGGAGUGUAGCAAUGGCCGGAAAUAUGACUUACUCAAAUUCUCGCUGUCACGUAUCAACACCUACAAGGGUAUUGCCAGUCGAGCUUAUCUGUCAAUUGCAAGUGAGGAUGCUAUGUUAACUGCUUUCAAGCUCAGCAGGGAAAUGAAACAGCUGUCAAAGAAGGAACCUGAGUUUAAGCCUGAGUACUUGGCCCUGGUGGAACUAAGCCAGGACUUCGCUGUUGAGUUGCUUGGAAUGUGCCGGAAUCAGAGUGAGGUAACUGCAGUGCUGAAUGACAUUGGAGACAGCAAUGAAGAAGACAAUUUGGAUGAUCAGGCUUUUGAAGAAGGUAUCCCCAACCUUGCAAGACUACGUUUAGCAGUGAACUACAAUCAGAAAAGGUUUGUAGCUCACCCCAUCUGUCAACAAGUGCUCUCAUCAAUUUGGUGCCGGAACCUAUCUGGAUGGAGAGGCAGUAACACUCUGUGGAAGCUGGUGAUCUCAGUUGUAAUCUUCCUAUUAAUGCCUAUGCUGUGCCUGCUUUAUUGGGUUGCUCCUAAAUCAAAGCUUGGCAAGAUGCUGAAAAUUCCAGUAAUCAAGUUUCUGCUUCAUGCUGCUUCAUAUGUAUGGUUCCUCAUCUUCCUCUUGGCAGAGUCCUUGCUUCUAGAGUAUCGACAGGAGGCUUAUUCCAGUAGGAAGCCUACACUAUGGGAAAAUUCAUUCCACAUGAUCUGGGUUGUUGGUUUCUUAUGGUUCGAAUGUAAAGAAGUAUGGAUAGAGGGGUUGCGUAGCUACCUCUUUGACUGGUGGAAUUUUCUAGAUAUGGUUAUUCUCAGUAUGUACUUGGCAUCCUUUACUCUCCGUGUCUUAGUGGCUCUGCAAGGGUACUUUUCCUGUUUCUACAUGCCAUCUUCUGAACAGUGUUACUACUUUACAAAAGCUGACCGAGAAGACUGGCGUCCUGAGGAUCCCCAGUUCAUUGCUGAAGUACUUUUUGCGGUAACCAGUAUGUUAAGCUUCACUCGUUUGGCAUACAUCUUGCCUGCCCAUGAGACCCUUGGGACCAUGCAAAUCUCCAUUGGAAAAAUGAUUGAUGACAUGAUCAGAUUCAUGUUUAUUCUGAUGAUCAUUCUGACAGCAUUUCUGUGCGGACUCAACAACAUCUAUGUCCAUUACGCUGCAUCAGAGAGGCUGGGAACUUUCAAUGAGACCCUUCCAUUUUUAUUCUGGACCAUGUUUGGAAUGGAAAAUUAUGGUGCUGUGAACAUGUCUAAAUAUGCGGUAGCUGGAUAUGUAGGACAGAUCUUGUAUGGCAUUUACACAAUUGUGAUGGUAAUCAUACUCCUGAACAUGUUAAUUGCCAUGAUCACCAACUCCUUCCAGAAGAUUGAGGAUGAUGCAGAUGUGGAGUGGAAAUUUGCACGAUCCAAACUCUAUCUAAACUAUUUCAGAGAGGGUCUUACCCUGCCAGUUCCAUUUAAUGUCAUCCCAACUCCAAAAGCAAUAUUUUAUAUGAUCCGGGGAUUUUUCAGAGUGAUAUUUUGCUGCAAGAAAUCUUCUCAAAAUGAUUAUCCUCCACUUCCACAUGCAAUAGAUGAUGGCAUGAGAGCAGAAGGCAAGGAGACUUACAGACUGCAGGUGAUCAAAACCCUGGUGCAGAGGUACAUUGACACUGCCAGACGAGAAUUUGAGGAAGCCAAAAGAAAAGAUUUGGGCAAUCGUAUUACAGAACUAACGAAAUCUGUAAACCACAUUCACACAGAAAUUAAACAUCUCAAACAUUAUACUUCUGAGAGUACCCCUAAUGAUCCUGCAAAAGAUGGGGCAAACAUCCUAAGUCACUACAUUAGCCGUGUCCGCAGUGGCUUCCAUAGCUAUGGAGAUGAUGGGUCUAUCAGCUCUGACUCAGGAACCAGAGGUUCACUCCAAGUGAUGGCACAGCUGAGUAAUGAAGAGACAGGUGGAUUAGAUGAUGAGUGCCCUCCUUAUCCAGAAGAAUAUAGCUUCAACAAGGAUAUAGCAACUUCCCCAACUGAAAGCAAAAUGUCUGAGGAUACAGACACUGGAAUCAGCACCGAUGAUAACUCACCUGACUACGAAAACAGUCCUACAUGGGAAGAAGAAGAGCCUACAAAGGAAAAUACCACAGAAAACCAAGAUGAAACAACAUAACAGAAGAAGCAAUUGGCAAAUUAUUGUUGGAGGUUUGACUAGAAUUAUAUACAGAUAUAGCCACAUAGAUGCGUGAACAAAAUGCAAGUUAUUUUCCUGAAGAAGCGGUUCUGCUUUGCAUAUUAGUUUUAUCUGUCAGUUUUCUCUUGCAUGUAUCUUGUGGAUCCAACCUUUUCUUGAAAAGACGAAGAAGUAGACAGGAAAUAAAUGUUUCAUCGCAACAUAUUUAUGAACUUUCAGAUUGUCUUCAAAAGUGGUAAGGCAUACUGAGAUGGAUAUCUGUGUGUCAUCCAAGACAGAGAAACAGUGAUACAAAAAAUAUGAGCUUGGUAUCAGGCACAAAAAUACACUAAAACAUACUUGCACAUAUAGCCACAUUAGUAUAAUUCACAACUGUGCCAUCCAACACCACACACGCAUGUUAUCAGAUGUCAACAUAAAAUAAUGCUUGAACACAGCCCGUUCCAUGGAAAUUAAUGUAAAUCAGUUGCAGAGUCACAUUAGUGAUGCAGACCCUUAUUUUUUAAACAUGCACAUAUGGAUA